UUUAGCAUUUCUGUUUAUGAAAGGAAACGUCACUUUUGACUUUCUGUAUUCCUUUUUUCAUGAAUGUGUAAAAUCCAUCAAACACUGUGCUUUGUUAUGUGUUUAUAAUAUACGGACUUGAUUUUUUAGUUAGUGUUAAGUACAAUGGCAGAUUUUGAUGCAAUAUAUCCUGACGAGACGGAACUCGAGGAGAAUAUAGAGGAGACACAUGUGACGCUAGUGCCUGAUCCGAUCGUGGUUCGAGGGGCUGGGAACAUGACAGUUUUCGGUUUGAGCAACCGUUUCAAUGGGGAGUUCCCAUCGGGCCUGCAGUCCCGGGUUGCUCCUGAAGAGUACCAAGCAACGGUGGCUCGCAUCAACAGUGUGCUGAAGAAGACCUUGCCAGUGAACGUCAAGUGGCUGUUCUGCGGCUGCGUGUGCUGCUGCUGCACUCUAGGAUGCUCUCUCUGGCCAGUUAUAUGUCUAAGUAAACGGACGCAGCACUCUCUGAACAAACUGCUGGAAUGGGAAAACAGUCGACUUUACAACAAGCUGGGGCUCCGCUGGCGACUCACGAAGCAGCACUGCGACUCCUCCUCCAUGAUGGAAUACGUACUUCUCAUAGAAUUCAUCCCCAAAAUACCCAUAUACAGGCCCGACUAAGCUCUCCAACUUGAGCGUCAUAGACUAACUUAACUGUAAAUAUAACACAAACAAAUCAUUAAUAAUACUGAACGUCAUUUACAAAUAACAAGUAAUUUGCAAGGCCAAGCCAAUCAAUCCAUAACAGUAAAAAACAAA